AUGAAAAUCACUAUUCUAUACAAGAACAAGAAACUUUUCAAUGUAUCUAUGCAGAAUGACAUGACUGUAAAUCGAUUGAGGGAAAUCAUUGAGGAGACUCGACUUAUUCCACAGGAUAAACAAACGCUAACUUUUGAUGGCCACCUAUUAGAAAACGGAAGACGUAUAAUAGAAGACUACGGUGCUCUUGAUAGAUCAGAAAUAACCCUCUCCUUGCCUCUGGACUUUACCCCUAACUUCAAGAUAUAUAUCAAGGUACCGGGAGGAUUAGUGAUCAAACGGAUUGUGAAUAGAACUGAACUCGUAUCGAGCAUCAAAUUGUCCAUUGAGGAAGCUACAAAAAUUCCAGUUAGUCACCAGGAGCUGAGCUAUGGAUCUUGGUUGCUGGAAGACAAUAUGAGACUGGGCGAGUAUAACCUUAGAAACGGAUCUGUAGUACGAGUUCUUCGUAGAGAUGGUUCUUCAGGUAUGUCAACUAUCGGAAGCCAAAACUCGCAGACUCAACCAAUUGAAAACCAUAAAGUGAGAAGACAACUUUCCCUGAACACCAGCUUCAAUUCGGUAGCUGAAAGCAGUCGAUCAAAACGAAUGAGUGUGAUAGAGGAUUAUGUACUGAAAAAGCCAUCGCCAAUCAAACGCCUUGAAGUCGCUCCGGUUUCUGAAUUAGAAACCGGUGAAAUCAGCCCAAUAGCACAGAGCAUGCCGGAGAAAAUUGAACCAUCUUCCAAGACAUCAAAGUCCCCUCAAAUGGAGAAAAUUAGUAGAGGUGAAAGUCUUCGACUCAACCUUCCAGACACGGAAAUCUACAAAAGUUUUCGACAAGUCCUCGGUGAACGAAUGACACAGAACGGAACAGAAUAA